GUAACGCUGUUAGCAACGCCGUUACCCAUCACUGGUGAUAAAUCACCAUGAGCUGCAUUGACUGUAAAGGUAUUUUAAAAAACAAAGACCUUUGACGUAACAUAGCAUGUCGCCUGAAACUGAAGAGACAUGGACUUGUUUCCAAGCUGAAGAAUGAGGCUCGAACAUGUAAUCAUUUUCUAAAUUUGGUGCCAGUUUUCAUUGUGCGCAUGAAAUGAUGAAAAAGACGAAAGAAGAAAGGGUUGUUUCAUUUCACUUUGAAUGUUAAAUCAAUCCUAUAUUUAAAAAAACAACUUCAAUUAACAGCAAAGUGGUUAUUUUAAGCUUUAGCUCCAGUCGCUCCUUCACUGAGGACUCUCUGGUCAGCGCCCUUCGGGCUUUGCAGCCAUUCUGGGAUUCGUCUUGACAGAAAGUGAACUGGCUCUGGCAGAUAAAUCCAAUCUGCUUGUACCUGAUCAAUCUUAUAUUUUAUGAUGUUUUUAUUAUUCUUGGUCCUUAUAAAGAUAACAGAAACACGAACUGUGCCUGUUUUUAUAACAACGUGGUGAUGUCUGACCUUUUGACCUAUGACCUUUAAGCAUUACAUACUAAAAUGGUGUAUUUUAUUAUCUUUACCCAUAUGAUUAAAGCGAGACUGGCUGAAAUCUUUAGCUUCUAUAAGAUGUAAAAACUUGAGACUUUAAGAUCUAUUCAUGCCGUGUGUAAUUUUGAAAAACUUUCUGGUGUCAUUGUAAAGUUGAAUAUAUAAAAAGUGUGUUGUACAGCUCUCUCCGUGCCCUUUCAUGUGAUAUAAUACACAAUAUGACGGUAGGUUACUUAAGCUUUAGGACAUUCCUUCUUUUUUUAUACUCCUGCUCUCUCUGCUCUCCCUCUCUUUCUUCUGGCAGCUGCGCCUGAUGAGAGGUCUGGAAGUUUGCAGAUAUUCAGCAGCGGAAGCUCACACCCUAGAGGAUAUGAAGAGUUUUCCCUAAACAUACCAGCUGCUGCUGGUGGUAUUAUCAUCAUUAAGUUGUGCUGCUAAACUUUAACAAGGCGUGUUGUUUGAUCCUAAUUAGCAUCUGGCAGAUUGGGGAUACAACUCUGAGCAAAUGAAAGGCUUUAGGUGCUUCACAUGUUCAUCAGUUUUAUGUUUCAGGGGGGGAAAAAACUCAGAUCCGGAUCACUGAGCAUCUUUUACUGUCAGAUGAACGGACUGAUACUUGCUCCACGAAGGAGGGGUCAGGGAGAAAAGAAGGACUUCCUUUCUAUAGGAAACUUUUCACAUCUAAUUCACAAAGAGGUCCAGACAGAGAGAGAGAAGGAGGGAGGGAGCUGCUGACUCAGGACUUUCCCCCUCCUCCGUCCCCGUCUUCUGAGCGGUGUGAAGCGGCAGUGCAGACGUGAACGAGUUACAGCCAUGUCGGGCAUCCUCCUCCUGCUCCUGUCCUUGUCCUGCCUGGUGGCCACGGUGCCUCCUCCAGUCCCCUGCAGACACUGCUGUGAUCACCUGGAGCCAGCAGAGGGCAGCGGCGCCCAGCCAAGUAGUUAUGCCCCUGAGGUCCGCACAUAUAUCAACAUGACCAUUCUGAAAGGUGACAAAGGAGACCGUGGUGAGAGAGGCACACCAGGCAAAGCUGGACUUGAAGGACCUCCAGGUUCUAUUGGGCCAUCGGGAUCAAAAGGCUCUAAGGGUCAGGCUGGUCUCCCAGGAGACCCCUGCAAAGUCCAGUACUCUGCUUUCUCCGUUGGCCGUCGAAAAUCCCUUCACAGCCUGGACUCCUAUCAGGCACUUGUGUUCGACACGGUCUUCGUUAACCUCGACGACCACUUCAACAUGUUCAAGGGAACGUUCGUCUGCCACAUCCCAGGCAUCUACUUCUUCAACGUCAACAUCCACACGUGGAACUUCAAGGAGACGUACCUCCACAUAAUGCAGAACGACACAGAGCGGGCGAUUGUGUACGCUCAGCCCAGCGACCGCUCAAUCAUGCAGAGUCAGAGCCUGAUGCUGGAGCUGGAGCUGAACGAUGAGGUGUGGGUCCGCCUGUACAAGAGGGAGAGAGAGAACGCCAUUUACAGUGACGAUGUAGAUAUCUACAUAACGUUCAGUGGAUACCUCAUCAAGCCCAGUGAAGAGAAGGAAUGAAUCGGCCGAGUAUUACUGUACCCGGUCGAGCUCGAAAGCAAUUUACCACAAAACUGUCCUUGUAGAUAAACACAUACUCAACAAGAUCAAAAUGUUUAUAUAAAAAGAAAGACUCCUAGUUUUACCAGAUUUCACUGGUGGGCUGAAAAAAAUCCACACAACACUGUAAAACCCAAUGACACUUUGUUAAUAGUAUAAAGUUAAAACAUUUGUUUUACUAGUAUAAAUUUAUACUAAUUUUAGGUUCAAGAAGAGCCAUACACGCGCAUUCAGAUUCAAAAUUUCAAUAUUAAUAUUAAGAAAAUAUGAAGUCGUCACCGAUUUAAGAAGACAAAACAAUACAUUUAACGAAAUCAACAAAUAAUGAGUUAAAUAUUAAAUAAUUUAAAUACUGCACAGCAGUGAGUGGCCUAACUAAAUAAAAUGGGCAGUGUGCUUUCUGCAGUAAGUAUAAAAAAAACAAUCACCACAUGUUCACACGUCAACUGCACAGAAAAAACAGCGAGAUCUGUCAAGAAGUCUCAAGUGGCCUCUACCGCUUAGAUCUACUGCACUGCAUGCAAGAAGCAGUGAGAAAAACCACACCAGCUCUCUGCAGCACUUCCACUGUCUAGUCAAACAUAAGGCUCUGGGGCCAGAAUCAGCCCAGCGAAGACUCGAUUCCGGCCCACUGGACGGCUUUAGUAAAUGUAAGGAGUGCAUAAAUAUUUAACUUUUAACUGUAUUUCCAUAAGUUUUACAGCUUUUCUUAUUGAUAAAGACUGGCAAUGGGGGUGGGCAGUCUUUAUCAAUAAGAAAAGUUUUUAACUAACAGAUAAACAAUUAAAUGACAGGAAAUGUUCCUGUUGUUCCACUAAGUCCACUCUAAAUGAAUAACAAUAAUUAUAGGACAGUGUGUGCAAUGAACUAUCGUCAAAUUUUGUGUCAUUUUACACAAUUAUUAUGUCGUUUGACCGCUUUGACCCAAAGAUCAAAGCGGGCUGCAUGUGGCUCAAUAGAAUGAGUUUGAUAUCGCCGGUCUAGAACCAAAAAAAGCAAAGAAAAAAACAGGGUUUGGCAACCCUAAAACCACACCAGAUUGGUAUCUACAAGGGCAAUGCUCUGUAUCACUAUUAAAAAGAAAAAGAAAAACUUGAAUUAAAUAUCUUUAUCUCAGGGAGGAAAAAAUAAAACCAUUUAAAACAGGAUACAUCAAACAAUAGGUGUGCAAUAGCCUAGGCCCUGAAAUCUGUCUUUAGAUUAGAUUCACAUUUCAACAGGUAUCACAGGAUACGGUUGCAGGGUCUGCUUUGAGCUUCUGACAGGAGUGUAACAUAAGCCCUUCUUUUCUUCAGCCGGGGGCUCAAAGCCAAAGUCAGUCUGACUUUGGAAAACCAAGACGAUCAGUCGCAUCACCUCCUUGCACCAACGACUCUUAUACUGAUCCAGCGUCAAUCAAACAGAUUCAUUGCUUUCAGCUGUGCUCAUAAAGGGAAAAAAAUGACUGCCCACACCUGCCUGUAAGAGAUGGUGCUUAGUCUUAGCUCUCACAAAUGUGAAACAUGCACAUUAGUUAGCUUUACAGGUGACUGUGGGCAGAUUCUGUUACCCUUACCUAAAGGUGGGGGGACUGUUUCCACUGUGCUGAGCUAAGCUGGCAGCUGUAGUUUCAUAUUUGCCAAAUGAGAGAGGUAAAUAUAUUCUUAUGAACCCCACAGUAAAAAGAAAAAAGAAAAAUUUGCAUUAUAUAACAUUUUAUAACCCACAAAGCAGUUUCAUUGUGUUUCUCAAUCACAGACAUGUUUUUAAACCAUCAAAUAUCAAAUAAGUCUUGGUUUGGAAUCCAUCACUCCUGCCCCUGAUGUGUAAAACUAGAUUCAUUAAACAAAGCAUGAACUUUA